AUGGAGGCCCUGAAACCUUUGGCAGAACUGCGCAAUAUUCAGACGCAAGACUACACGCUCGAUUUCUUGAAUAUUGUAUGUACGCUCAAUUGGAAUUAUUCACAUCUUUUUAUAAUAUGUAUCAGCCUCUAUCUGAGUUCUGUAUUGGAACAAAUUAACAAAAAACUGCUUUCUUCUGAGGGUCAGUUCCUGCCAUCUUCAUUCUGGAAGAAACUCCGAGAGGACUACAGUACCGCGACACGUUUAGUACGAAUAUUUGAUCAUUAUAUCAACACAAUUAUAUUCGUUUCAUUUGCCAGCAAUUUGUUCUUCAUCUGCUUGCAAUUAUUUUAUAUAUUAUCUCUCUUCAAUGGUUACGAAUACAUAGUCUAUAUGUUGACUUCGAUUACGUUUAUCAUGGGCCGAUCCCUCAUCGUGGCGCUGAUUGCUUCGAAGGUCCACUCAGCGACCCAGGUGGCAGCACCGGUUCUUUAUGCUGUACCAUCUCCAGUCUAUUGUACCGAGGUGCAGAGAUUCAUCGAGCAAGUACAUGGAGAGUCAGUGGCGCUCACCGGGAUGAACUUUUUCCAAGUAACCAGGGAACUUCUGCUAUCAGUAGCUGGUACCAUCGUGACAUAUGAAUUAGUGCUUUUGCAAUUCACGUCGCCUUCCAUGUCAGAAUCUGAUUCAGGUAGUAUUAUAGGUGGCCGAUCCCUAGCCCGUUUUCUGUAGUUAUCAUAAUCAGAAACCUUUUCAUCAGUGGUGCCGUUAGGAAGUUUUUGAAUGAUGGUAUGUAUGUACACCACCAUAAAAUUUUAUUGG